AUGGGAUCCAUAUCGGCAGCUUCGGGAACCACCGUCUUAUCCUCUAAUCUCCGUCGCCAAAACGGCCGGCGACUAGGUCUGUGCGAUCGUCGUCAUGAGAAUCUAUCCGUCGUUUCGUCUCUGAUGCCACGGCAGAGAUGGCUAUACGUUCCCGAGACAAGGAGGUUGAGAAGAGAGAUUCUGAGGAUGGAUUUCGUUGCAAGAGCUGCAGAUUCCACGAGCUCUUCUCCUUCCUUGGCUUCCGGUGAUAAAACCUUAAUCCCCGAUGAUGAAUUCACUCUAGCCAAGAUUUCAUUUGGUGUUAUUGGGCUAAGUCUCGGGGUUUCUCUUCUCUCGUACGGUUUUGGGGCCUAUUUUAAUAUCCUUCCUGGAUCUGAGUGGUCUGCAAUUAUGCUUACAUAUGGAUUUCCUCUUGCUAUAAUUGGAAUGGCACUCAAGUACGCAGAACUCAAACCAGUUCCUUGCUUGAGCUACUCGGAUGCCGUCAAGCUUAGGGACAGCAGCGCUACUCCUAUUUUAACACAGGUUCGAAAUGAUGUCACGAGAUACCGUUAUGGGGAUGAACAACAUUUGGAAGAAGCACUAAAACGAAUCUUUCAAUAUGGACUGGGAGGAGGAAUCCCAAGACGUAGUGCACCUAUGUUAACGAUGAUAAGGGAGGAGGUCACUGCCGAUGGUCGUUACUGCCUGACCCUUGUAUUUGAGGCCAAAGCUCUGAACUUGUCAGAUUUCGAAAAAAGACAGGCGAAAUUCAGUUCUUUCUUUGGACCAAACAUCACUGCAGAAGUCGGUAAAGGAGAAAGUGAGAAUCUCUAUGAAGUAAGACUGAUUUCCACCGUCUCCACAAAUUCUGUAUCUUCUACCUCUUGA